CAUCUUUGUUGUUUGUGAUUCGCCGGAUUUUGAAACGCCCACUGUCGUUGUUCUUCCGGGUCACCGAAAUGGCGUGCUGAUCAACAUGUGAGUUUUUAAACCCAGAUUUUGAAACAUCGAUUACCAGCGAGUACGGAAACAACAGAAACCAUGGAGACAACAGAGGCAGACUUCCCACGCGGUGGGACAGUUAAGACUUCCGAAAGUAAAAUAGUCACACGGACUGAGAUUGACAACCUUUUCCAGUCAAAUGAACCUACAGGAAGGAAGAAAAGGAAGGGGACUCCCAACGACGACAGCGAUAAAGUUAAGAAGCAAAAGAGUUUUGAGGAGAAAGACGUCCUGACACUCAAUGCGACUGCAAAGUCUGUGGAAAUACUACAUAUGAAGGACCUAAAGGAGGGCAUGUUGAUGCUGGGCUGUGUGAAAGACGUAUCAGACUUUGAGGUCACUGUUGGUUUACCUUGUGGCAUGCAAGGUUUCCUCAGCAUCAGGAACAUAUGUGACUCGUACACCAAGAUGCUCACUGAACAACUAGAUUCAACUGACACGAAGGAUAUUUGCUCUUUGCCACAUCUCUUCUACUCUGGCAUGAUGCUGAGAUGUGCGGUUGCCAAGUUGGAUACCACCAAGGGAGGCUCUGUCAGCUUGCAGCUGUCAAUCAACCCAAAGCUGGUCAACAAGGCUCUCACCCCUAAUGCUCUGAAGGCUGGUAUGGUUUUGAGUGGAUGUGUUGAUAGCAUUGAAGAUCAUGGCUACGUUGUUGACAUUGGUGUCAAUGGAAGUAAAGCCUUCCUCCCCAAUAAAACGGAGAAAAAGAAACAGAACACUAACAACGAGCUGAAAGUGGGCCAGUAUAUGACUUUUCAACUACAAGAAGUGAAAAACGAUGGACGUGUAGUACGAGUGUCUGUCUGCCCGCAAUCUGUCAGCGAGGCUUGUGCCGAACUCCAACACGGAUGGACCUUGACUAACCUUUUGCCGGGCCUUCUUGUCAAAGCCACAAUUGCAAAGGUGACCAAUCACGGACUGAUCCUGGAUUUUCUGUCCUCCUUCAAGGGUCAGGUGGACUUUCUCCACAUGGAGCUAGAGAAGACUUCCAGCUACACACAAGGAAGCAAGGUGCAAGCCCGUGUGCUGUACAUUGAGCCAUCCACCCGUUUGAUAGGAAUGACCCUGCGUAGCCAUCUUGUUCAGCCCGAGACUAGAAUCAUUACCACUCCUGCCGGGGGUGACCGUAUUGGUAAAAUUGUGAAGGACUGCAAGAUAAAUUCCGCGCACCACAUGUCUGGUGCCAUGUUGGAACUUCCUGAUGGAACCCUGACAUUUGUACAUAGGAACCACCUGAAAGAGCCAAAUUCAAAAGUAAAAGACAACGCAGUGCUGGCUUUACCCAAGCACACCUGCAGGAUAAUUGACUUCAGCCCGAUGGAACAAAUUAAUUUCGUUAGUCUGCGCAAUAGCGUGAUUCAGAGAACCUUCUUUCGAUACCAUGAUCUUCAGGCGGGUCAGGUCGUAGAGGGAACAGUGGCGCUCUUGUCGGAUGAUGGGAUGAUUGUGGAUUUGUCCAGCCGCAUCCGAGGGCUGGUGCCUCGGACCCACCUGUCUGAAAUUUCCCUUAAAAACCCUGAGAAAAAAUACUCAAGGGGUAUGAAGGUCAAAUGUCGAGUGUUGUCAGUCGAACCGGACACCAAAAAGCUCUACUUGACCAGAAAGAUGGCGCUUGUUGAAAGCUCCCUACCCUUGUUCCUCAGCUACACAGACGCACGUCCCGGACGAGUGUCCCAUGGUUACAUCGUCUGUGUCAAAAACUUCGGGUGCAUUGUUCGAUUCUACAACAACGUCAAGGGUCUGGUGCCAGUCAGCGAACUCAGCUCUGAAUUGAUCCUAAACCCUGAAGAGGUUUUCUAUGUUGGUCAGGUGGUGAAGGCAAGGGUUCUACAGUGCGAGCCAGAGAACGCAAAGAUGCUGCUGUCAUUUAAGAGUGCAGCGGUGGGACGCAUGGAAGAAGCAGCAGCGGUUCGGUUUGGUUGUGAGGUGGGAAAGAGACUGGAGGCCAAGGUGCUGAAGAAAUCGGUCAAUGGUCUGGAGGUGUCUAUCCUUCCCGAGGAGAUUAGCGCCCUGCUACCCACCAUGCACCUCUCUGAUCACACGUCCAACUGCCCUCUGCUAUGGGAGAGUCUGCAGGAGGGAGACACCAUCUCAAACCUCGUCUGCGUUCUCAAGAACAAGCAAAAGAUUACUGUCAGCAAGAAGCCAACAGUGAUCUGGUCACUGGAGGAAGGAAUGAUCGCUAAGGAUUUCUCCGAGGUCAGAGUUGGAAUGCAGAUGAUUGGCUGGAUCAAGAACAUCAUGGACUACGGUGUCUUUGUGGAGUUCCCAUACGGCCUUGUUGGUCUUGCACCAAAGUCUGCCAUCUCGGACAAGUUCAUCUCUGAUAUCAUGACAAUAUUCCAGUUGGGCCAAACAGUGAUUGCUAAGGUGACGAAUUUGGAUGAUGACAAAAAGCGAUUCCUGGUCACGCUUAAUAUUUCGGAGGUCAGUGUGCCAGAAGAAGCUGUCCAAACCGGACUUAUUAAUGCCGUGCGGGAGAGACGAUCUGUGGCUGAAAUGAUCGCAUUGAGAGACACCACCGAUCUUCGCCAACAGCUGGCUGCGUUGUCUAUCGGCCAGAGGCUCAAGUUGGUGGUCGAUACAGAGGUUGACGAUGGUGCCGUCUUCAAGUCAGAUGAUUUGCCUGGUGCCACCAUACUGGCCACAAAGCAUCACGUGACGGGUUUUCAGCUGAGCCCUGGACAAAAGGUUACUUCAGUUGUCCUUUAUGUUGAUAUUCAUUUGACUACUGUCCACGUGUCCCUACUUGGCAAGUUGGUUGCCAAAAAGAAAAUGCUGACAGAAGAGGGCAAGUACACGGCCAUCGUGCAACACAUCGACAAAGACCUUGCCGUCAUCUCAUUACAAAACACCGCUCAUCUAACCGUCAUUCAAACACAAACCCACCUGAACGAGGUCACCCUGUCGCCGUCAAGCAAGCUGAGGGUGGGAAUGUGUUUGGCCGCCGAAGUCGUUGAAGCCACCUGUGAGCAACUGCAAGGGCUUCCUCUUGUGUCGUGGAGGCGUAGUGGACCCAAAGGGCAGCCCGCGGCCUCUGAAGGCUUCACGGGUCACUGCUUUGGGAACAUUGUGCACGGCAAAGUACGAACCGUGAAGCCCACCAGCAUUCAGGUGACUUUAGAAAAUGGAAGCACUGGCAGUGUGCACGUGUCUGAGGUGAUGGAGGCGGCGGAAGUGGCACCGGGAUCCUUCCCUACGUCCUCCGUUAAACUGGGCAGUAUGGUCACUGGCAGAGUCAUCGGAGGACGAGAAACCUCCAGCCACAGAUUUCUACCGUUUUCCCAUCCAAGAUUCAAAUACACCAUCCCUGAGAUCACACUCGUACCCAGCAAAUUGGAGGAGACGUUUGCUGCGGCAAAAGACAAAGUGAGCAAUUACAAGGUUGGGGAGGAAAUCACAUGUUUUGUUUCAAAGUUUCAUGCCGACCGUAAGAGUUUGGAGCUCACCUGUAAUCCUGGUGUCACUGGCAAAGUAGAACUGCUGGCCAUGAUUACUGACCUGAAAGAUUCUAGCCACCCGGAGAAGUUAUACAAACUCGGUCAAGCAGUCAAGGCCAAAGUGGUCAAAGUGAGUCGCAAGCCUCGGUACCUUGCACUGUCACUCACAGGCUUUCAUAAACUGGAGGCAGGAAGUGUCACUUUGGGGAUGGUUACUGCCGUCCUGCAGGAAAUUGGCCUCGUGGUCAAACUGCCCUUUGGUUGCAAGGGAAUUGUGGCCGUCACUGACCUCUCUGACGCAUAUAGGCUCAACCCCUUGGCGCCAUUCAGCAAGGCUCAGAUGCUCAGGUUUUACCUUCUAAGAAGUGAAAAUGGCAAGUGGCAGUUGUCUCUACGACCAUCAAGGUUGAACCCAGGGGAAGCCAAACCAGCAAAAGACCCGGAACUUUUGUCCUUCGAUGACCUGCAUGCGGGGCAAUUAAUCCGAGGUUACGUCAAGUCUGUGAAUGAGCAAGGGGUCUUUAUCGGAUUGUCAAACAAUAUCACAGGGAGAGCUGAGCUCCAGCAUUCCACCAAGUACUUCGUUUUCAAGCAUAAGGACCUCUCCGAUUACCUGCCACUCAACAUGCUGCUCACCACGAAGAUCCUGAGUGUCGAUACAAAAAACAAGUUAGUCAACCUGUCCCUACUCCCCGAGGACACUGGAAAGCCAGACAUCCUUCCAGAAUCCCUGGGUCUGCCACUGCGUCUAAUAGGAAAGGAGAAAAAGAAGUUUGACCUUGAAAAGAAAAUGAAACGUUCACUGCCAGAAUGUGAAAAGAACCAAAAAGAUAGCCCUGCACCAAAACAGAAGAAGCAGAAGAAAGCGAGCCCGGAAGACAGUGACAGUGGGGUUGAGGUUUACUUCAGAGAGGAGGAAGAUCACGAAAAUAAAGACUCCAAAACUGCUGCUAGAAAACAGGUUCACAAUUCCACUGGACGCUCCAGACUGCAGGUGGCGACUGGAUUCUCCUGGGAUGUUGGCCUGAGCUCGUUGCAGCCGCCCACAGCAAACAAGGAUGCAGAUUCCAGUGAUGGAGAAGACCAAGAGGAAAGCAGCAAAACUCAGAAGAAGUCUCGGUAUGAACUGGCUGAGGAGAAAAAGGCAGCAGAGAAAGCUUUGACGCGGCGGGAGACUGAGCUGAUGGACCCUCAACUCAGACCUCAGGAUGCAACAUCAUUUGAGCGUCUCCUCCUGGCCUCGCCCGACAGCUCGCUGCUCUGGCUUCAGUACAUGGCUCACCACCUGCAGGCCAUGCAGAUCGAGCAGGCCCGCGCGGUGGCUGAAAGGGCACUUAAAACCAUUUCCUUCAGAGAGGAGCAGGAGAAACUGAAUGUGUGGGUUGCUCUCCUAAAUCUGGAAAAUAUGUACGGCACAGCGGAGAGCCUCAAGAAAGUGUUUGAGCGAGCCCUCCAGUUCUGCGAGCCCAUGCCGGUCUACCAGCAGCUGGCCGACAUCUACUCCAAGUCGAACAAAAUCAAGGAGGCAGACAACUUGUACAAGUCGAUGGUGAAGCGUUUCCGUCAAAAUAAGGCAGUGUGGCUGAGCUAUGGGAACUUCCUGCUUCAGCAGGGGGAGAGUGAUGCUUCCGCCGCUCUCCUGCAGAGGGCGCUCAAGAGUCUGCCAUCCAAAGAAAGCGUGGACGUGAUUGCCAAAUUUGCCCAACUGGAGUUUCGCUACGGGAAUACCGAAAGGGGUCACGCAAUGUUCGACAAAGUCUUGACCAGCUACCCAAAACGCACAGAUCUCUGGUCCGUCUUCAUCGACCUAAUGGUCAAGCAUGGGGCACAGAAAGAAGUCAGGGCUCUCUUUGAUCGCGUCAUUCACCUGAGCGUGUCCGUCAAGAACAUCAAGUUCUUCUUCAAGCGCUACCUGGACUACGAGAAGAAGCACGGCACGCCGCAAAGUGUACAGGAGGUCAAAAAGAAGGCUGUGGCGUUUGUGGAAGGCAAAAACGAAGACGCUUUCAACUAAAGAACGAACGCAGGUGUUGCUACUCUGAUUUCUUCGUAAGGAACAUCAACAUUCUCCCUUUUUUAUUAACCAACCUUUGUAAAAAAAUAUAUAUUAAUGUGAUAAUGGUGAACCGGAAUUUACCAUUCCAACUAGAUUCCCUUUUAUUCAUUGUCUCAUGUGAGAGAAUUGUGAGUUUGUAGAAGCUUUGUAAUGACUCGCAAUAAAUUUUCCACCAUUACUUUACAUUACAUGACAUUUUAUUUUAAAAGCAACAAAUACAAAAUAACAAUAUACAGGGACACAUUUACGUACAAUACAUACAGGCUAGUUUUCUAUUCAUUUUUUAAUUUUAUUUAUUUUUUUUAAAGGAAAGCUCCCGGGACACAUUCUGAAACGUUGCCUACUUAAAUGCGUCUUGCUGGUUAAGUCAUCCAGACGGCGUGGCUUCCUCUUACCAAGUAUGUCACCUACAUACACAGUGGCAGUAUUGAUUGUAAGAUGCAUGUGGGAGUGAUGGAUGGACUGAUAAUUGUGCUGGCUGGAUUGGAAACACCCCUGAGAUGGAAGAGGUAUCGGUACUGCUACUGUUGUGUCCAGCAGUGCAGAACUCUGUGGCCCCUUUUCCAGUCAGGUUGUUGCUGAACUGUGCAUUAUGGAAGUUACGCUAGGACCGAUAUAACGAAAAUGUCCCAUUUCCUGACCUUGUAUGCUUCAGUUCAGUUCCCCACCAUGUAAUAUUGCUCAAGUCUGCAGCAUCAUGGCCACUUGGGAUCAUAAAGAUGUCCUGUGAUAACGGUCAUCUGUAGUCGUAUUUAAAUGGUUGUGUUUUCUUCAGGAAAAGUCUGGUUUCAUUCCUCCCCGGCCACGCUCACACCUCUUCUGGCUCCAUGGGGCCCUCAGCCCCCUGCGGGGCGUCGGUGUGGAGUCGGAGGAUGGGUUUGUUGCACAUCGGGCAUACACUCCGGAUCUCCAGCCACUUGAGCAGGCACCUGAAAGAAUAAUUGCCUUCUUAAACAUGUACUGUAUUUAUAAUAUCACUUGAUGCAUUUAAAUUAGGGCUGCCACAUCAUUACAAUUUGAAAUCAAAUGAAUCACUUGGCAAUUAUGUCUGAAAUAUGCCCAUAUUGUAUUAACAUAAUACGUAAAUGACAUGCCAUUGUGCGGAGCCCUUAAGAGUUACCGAGUGAGUGAAUAUCCGCCUAGUGUUUUCCUGUUUAAAGCACAAACAAGCAUAAUUAAGUUAUUGUGAUAUCCGGAGUGUCCAUGAAAGCACUUUGCGGUCCUUAUUGUCAUGAGAAUGAAGUGUUUUUCCCUGGAUGAACGGA